GAUUCUGCGUAAACAUGUCCCCUUCCUCUCCUCGUAGUUUAGGUUGGUUAUGCAAACGCAAUGAAGCUUUGCGCUUUAUGAAAAUGUGCUUUCUGCUCCACAACAGAAGGAAAAUGUCCUUAAUGGACUGAGCGGGCAAAACAAGAGAGGAAUACGGAGGUGUGCUGCUGUACCUCGUGGUGGCGCUGUCAAUGAAUAAAAUUGGCCAUAAAUGCAGUGAACAUUCAGGGUGAGGCAGAAAGUACCAUGCCUCACUGUUAGGGGGCAGCGUUGAACCCCAAACACACAACAGCCCGAGUCAGUGUUGUGUAUAUAAAUAAUCAGGAUGUCUUAUCCUUCACCCCAUGACCGCACCCGUAAAGAAGACGAGGAUGACCCUGUUGAUCAGAUGAUAUCCCGUACUGGCUGUGCUGAGCUACAUUAUGCUGUGCAGGAGUGCAUGGCUGAACAUCAGGACUGGAGAGCCUGCCAGAAGCAGGUUCAGAGCUUCAAAGACUGCAUGACAAAUUUCCAAAACGCUCAGAAAGAACAGCGGAAAGCCCAAUCGCAGACCUCUAACAAGUCAACCAGUUGAACUCACAAAUCCAUGUGGUUUUGGAAUAAGUUCAAGAACUGUCUGUGAUACUUUUAAAACCAAACACUGUAGUAAAUGUCAUAAUUACCAAUGAAAAUAAACUUUGAAAUGUGACAUGG